AUGGAGACUCAGAUCGUGCUACGAUGGGCGAGACGCGAAGAUAUUCCAUACAUGACAGAGAUCUUGAAGACCAAUUUUCUCACCUUCGAAUUCCACGACCAUUUUUGCCCAACUCGAAGGGAGAACCAGGAGGAGUUCUACAACUUCCUACUUCGCCGCAUCAAGCAAUUCUUCAUGAAGCCAGAAUGUCGAUACAUGGUUGCAGAAGCCACAACCCCAUCUAUCAAUGGCAAGCAGAGCACCGAAAUCGUCGGCUUCGCCUCCUGGGAAGCCCAGGGCGACGCCAAUAUUGUCGGGCAGGAAUGGAGAAGCCAACGAGCUGGAGUAUAUGCUGGAUUCGAGAGAAUGCUAGGUGGCAUCGAGCUGGAGUACUACCGCUACUUCUUGAAUAGAAUCUUCGACUACAAAGGCUUCGCAAUGUGUCUGGACCGACUGCAUUCUGUCUACGAAGGUGUGCAGGGUCUGGAUCCGUGCAUGCACCUGCAAUUCUUGAUGGUCGCUCCGAAGUGGCAACGCGGUCAGCGGGGAACUGGUGUUGGCAAGCGUCUCUUCCAAUGGGGCGUGGAUGUUUCCGAAAAGACUGGAAUCCCUCUGGUCAUCGAGAGUAGUCUGCUGGCCUACAACUUCUACUUGAAGAACGGCUGUAAACUGCUGAAGGAAGUCCGCAUCGAUUUGGUUCCUGAAAAAGCUUACGAUCUUCCUGUUGUGUGGUACGAGCCGAAAAAGAUCCCGACGUAG